UCUUUGCUUUGGUGAUUUCAUCGGCCAAGUGUAGACUGAGGGACAAAUGGAGCAGGUCGCGGAGGAUCUGAACCUCUCCUUUCUCCUGGAACAUGAAAGAGACAUGAUCCUGAAGGUGCUGCAGAAAGAUGAAAAAUUGAGGAAGCGAGAGGAGAAGAGGAUACGGAAGCUGAAGAAUGAGCUGCUGGAGAUCAAACGGAAAGGGUCCCGUCGGCCCCAGGAGGUGGAGGAGCGACAGUGUGCUCGCUGCCAGAAGAGUUUGGGCCUCAUAUUUGGCCGUGGAGAUCUCUGCAAGGAGUGUCAGCUGCGCGUCUGCGACGACUGCCGUGUGACAAAUCCCAAAAGACGCCAGUGGAGAUGUAACGUUUGUGCCAAGAUCUCGGAGCUGAAGGUGGUAACAGGAGAGUGGUUCCUGGAGGAGCGGUCCAAGCGCUUUGAGCAGGUAGUGCCGAGCAGCGACGUGAUCAAACAGACAAUCAUGAGUAGCCCAACCAUCACAGACAAAAAGUCAACAGAAAACCUGUCAGGCCCUUCUGAGUCUGAGAGACCCGACACCCCAAAAUCCAACAAAAGUGCAAUAAUCAACAUCGGUGCCAGGAGGAAAGGAAGGAUGAAGAUGGAUAAAAAAGGCAGCCGACCGACUUUGAAGCCGGAGAAGGGAGUCGACAGCGUCGGUGUCAAAUCUGUUUCGGAUGGAGACGCUCAAAGCGUAAGAAGUGUUCGCUCGGCACCGAGUCCACGUUCAAACAGGGGCAGUGCAGAGGCCUUGGAGUCGUCAGGGAGGCCCACUGUACCCAACAACCUGCGUUCCCGAACCCCGGACACUCCCAGCGACAACCGGAGGGUCAGGCCUGAUGGAGCGGAGAGCGUUGCCAGUGUACACUCCGGUGACAGUGCGCCUGAGAAAAAAGCUUCUGGCCAUCACAGGACAAAUUCGGGCACCCCAACAAUUUCUGUGUCCAGAGCCUCGGUUUCAUCAGAUCACAGCCGCUCAGAGAUGGACCUGUCAGCUCCUGGUUCUGAACCUAGCGACGAUGCCUUCAGUCUCAGGAGCCGUUCGGUCCCCGGGCUCAACGAAGCAGAGUUUUCUGAUGAGGAUGGGGAGGAAGACAUUGAUGCCCUGAUGUCGGCUCACAGCAAGACUGCCAGCCGACGCUUCAGCAACGCACUGUCAACGUCUUCCACUCCUGGCUCAGAGAGAAGGUGGGGGUACCUCAAUAUCCCCGACUCAGAUGCUGAGACUAGUAGUAUAAACAGCAUGAUGAGCAUGUACAGUGAGACCGGUGACUAUGGCAACGCCCGGGUGAGCGGCGAGAUCCUGCUGAACAUCAGCUACAGCUACAAAACUGGUGCUCUCAACGUCCUGGUGAAAGAGUGUCACAACCUGGCAACAGGAGACGAGAGGAGGCAACGCACCGACACAUAUGUGAAGACGUACCUGCUGCCUGAUACGUCACGACAAAGCAAAAGGAAGACAAGCAUCAAGGCCAAUACCAUUAACCCUGUUUUCAAUGAGAAUCUGAGGUACGUGAUCAGCCACUCUCAGCUGGAAACUCGAACGCUGCAGGUCUCAGUGUGGCACCACGACCGGUUUGGACACAACAGCUUCCUGGGAGAGGUGGAGCUGACCUUUGAUUCCUGGGAGUUUGAUUCCCAAAUAGAGGACUGGUACGCUCUGCAGCCCAAGGCGGAGAGCAGUAUGGACUGCUCAAUGCAGUAUAAAGGAGAACUGACUGUCGUGUUGAAGUACAUACCUGCAGAGAAAAACCUAAUGCUGCCGCUGGACCAAGUACAAGUGAAAAAAGGCUUCCUGAAAAGCAAGAAGGCGAGCAGCUUCACUCUGCCUAAAGGGGGCAUGGUUGAGCUACUGGUCAAAGGAGCCAAAAAUCUAACCGCGGUCAAGUCCGGAGGCACUUCUGAUCCUUUUGUGAAAGGAUACCUCCUCCCUGAUAGCAACAAGUCAACCAAGCACAAGACGGUGGUGGAGCGACGCACUGUGAACCCGCAGUGGAACCACACCUUCACCUACUGCGGCCUGCAGCCAGGAGACCUCAACAACGUCUGCCUGGAGCUCACCGUGUGGGACAAAGAAGCCCUGGCCAGCAAUGUUUUCCUGGGAGGAGUCAGGCUAGGAGCUGGCACAGGCAAAAGCUAUGGUAAUGAAGUAGACUGGAUGGACUCUUAUGGGGAGGAACAGCGGCUGUGGCAACGCAUGAUUGAAAACCCAGAAGUCCCUCAUGAGUGUACUCUAAUGCUUCGAUCCAGCAUGCGCAAGUGCAACACAUGAGCUGGAUCCAAUAGCAGACAAGAGAGGAUGAAAGAAGAAUCAAAGGGAGAGUAA